AUGGAAGCGAAAGAAAGAUUAAGGCUAAAAGGCACAUUUCGUUGGUCUGAAAGCCAAACGAUAGACCUUUUGUUAAAUAGAGUGGACGCAAUAAAAGAGAAUCCGGACCAUUUUGAGAAACCAAUAGCCCAAAGGUUUUACAACAAAAUUGGUGAAAAAGCUCCAAAUUUAAUGAUUAUUAAAUGGGACAUAAUGAGGACUAAAAUGAGGCAUUUGAAAACAACUUUUUUAUCUGCGCUCAGGUGGAAAGGCCAGACUGGUGCAGGCUUACUUGAAAAUGGUGAUCCUCAUAGUGUGGAAGAAUACAUAAAAAUAAUAUGUCCUUUUUAUGAAGGCCUUCACGUGAGAUUUGGACGUCGUAUAAGUGUUCAGCCACCAACGAUUUAUCAAUCAACAAAGUUGGUGUCAGCAAAUACGAAAAGAUCUCAUAGCAGUUCAAAUACAUUUUCAUUACUUUUCGAAAUCCAAAAUAAGAAGUUGGAACUAGAAACG